UCAGGUACUAAUAGCUCUGCUAUAGUUCUAUUGCUAUGUCUCAUCCAAAGUACGAUAUGUUCCUCAGCUUUAGAGGAGAGGACACUCGUGACAACUUUACGAGUCAUCUUCGUGCAGAAUUGUGUAGGCAAAGGAUUGAAACAUUCAUAGAUGAUGAUAAACUUGACAGAGGCGAAGAGAUUUCACCAGCACUGUGCAAAGCAAUAGAAGCAUCAGCGAUUUAUGUGGUCAUUUUGUCACAACACUAUGCUUCUUCCACUUGGUGCUUAGAUGAACUCACCAAGAUUCUCGAAUGUAAGGAGAGAUAUGGAAGGGAAGUGAUACCUGUCUUCUACAAAGUGGAUCCGUCAAAUGUUAGGCAUCAGAGACAGAGUUAUGCAGACGAUUUAGUUAAACAUCAACGACGAUUUGGAGACAAAGUGGACGCAUGGAAGGCUGCUCUAACCCAAGUAGCUAAUCUCUCUGGCUUGGAUUCUCAGAAAAUCAGGCCAGAUAGUAAACUUGUUGAAGAGAUUGUGAAAGAUAUUCUGAAAAAAUUGAAUAGUUGUAUCUCAAAUGAUCAUGAAGGAAAUAUUGGAAUUGACAAGCAUAUUGAACAAAUCCAAACCUUGUUGCAGCUCGAGUCAUCGACAGUUCGUACUAUAGGAAUAUGGGGUAUGGGAGGGAUAGGAAAAACUGAAAUUGCCUGUGCAAUCUAUGAAAAACUUGCAACUCAUUUUAGUUCCAGUGGCAUAGUUAAAAAUGUUCAACAGGAAAUAAAGAUAUAUGGAGUAGACCAUGUAAAAAGCAAAUACUUAUCACACCUUCUAGUUCAACAAGGCAUUACUUCCUCUGGACUCAACUUUUUAUUUGAUCCUAGGCUCAAACGUACAAAGGUUCUUCUUGUUUUUGAUGAUGUGAAAGAUUCUGAUCAAUUUAUUGAUUUAAUUGGAACAUGUAGUAAUUUUGGCCACGGGAGUAGAAUCAUCGUGACAAGUAGAGACAAACAAGUGCUUAAGAAUGCUAAUGUUGAUGAAAUGUAUCAUGUAGUUCAGAUGGAUGAUAAAGAUUCUCUACAACUAUUUUGUUUAAAUGCAUUUAAACAAAGAGAACCAAUAGAAGCUUAUGCGAGUUUAACAGAAAAGGUAUUAAAUUAUGCUAAAGGAGUUCCAUUAGCUCUUAAAGUUUUGGGCUUAUUUCUCCAGGGUAGAACAAAGGAAGCAUGGGAAAGUGAGUUGCAAAAGCUCAAAAAGAUUCCCAAUCCUAAAAUUUUCAGUAUUUUGAAGUUGAGUUUUGAUGGAGUUGAUGACGAACAAAAAGAAAUAUUUCUUGAUAUAGCUUGUUUCUUUAGAGGAGAAACCGAGAAACUUAUUGUUCAAAUUUUGGAUUGUUAUGGUUUUUCUACUCGUAUUGGAAUGGAUGUUCUUCAAGAUAGGUGUCUUAUAUCUGUUUUAGAAGAUAAAGUUUGGAUGCAUGAUCGAAUUCAAGAAAUGGGACAUGAAAUUAUUCGACAACAAAGUGUCAAUAAUCCGGAAAAACGUAAUCGAUUGCACAAACCUGAUGAUAUAUAUGAUGUUUUAAAAAAGAACAAGGGAACAGAUGCAAUCCAGGGUAUAUUAUUGAACCUAGGCGAAAUAAAGAAAGUUAAGUUACAUUCUGAAACUUUUAAGAAUAUGCCUAAUCUCAGAAUGAUCCGGUUCUAUGAUUCUUAUAGGUUUAAAAGUUACUUAAAUGUGACUUUUUAUACAUUUUUGAAUGGUUUUUCGGAUAAUUUGAAAAUUCUUAGUUGGGAUGGGUUCCCUCAAAGAUCUCUGCCGCAGGACUUUUGCCCGGAUAAUCUUGUUGUACUUGAUAUGCCUUAUAGCGAUCUUGAACAACUUUGGAAGAGAGAUAAGACUUUACCAAAUUUGAAGAGACUUAACCUUAGCUAUUCUAUGAAGAUGACUGGAGUACCAGACCUGUCUUUGUUUCCAAAUAUUGAAGAAAUAAGUCUCACUGGUUGUCUCAGUUUGGAACAAGUUUACUCCUCUAGCAUCCUCCACAAACUUAACUGGUUACAUGCAGAUGGUUGCACAUCACUCAAGAGUUUAAGUAUUCGUAGUAAUAUUCUAUCAAGAUCAACCGGAUUAGUUGCUCUGCAUGGUUGUCGCAACCUUGAAACAAUUCUAAUCACCGGAACAACGGAUGUGGUUCAAACAUACAGUAUUGUUAAUUCCUAUGAGUCAAAUUUUGAGGGAGGCGACUGGAUUGGGGAUAUGGAUUCAGAUAUGUUUUCAAGUAUCAGUGAGCUUUGUUUGUUAGAUCUUUCGGAAUGUGAGUCCCUAACAAGCCUACCGGCUGAACUUAUAAAUUUGAAGUUUCUAACAAGACUUUGUCUCAGUGAUUGUUUAAAGUUGGAAGAGUUACCUGAAAUCAAGGAGAUUAUAGAAAAUCUAAAAGUGCUCAACUUAGAAAAAACAGCAAUAAAGGAACUACCUUCAUCGCUACACCGUUUGGUCGGGCUUGAAGAAUUGAGUUUGCGAGGUUGCAAAAAGCUUAAGACUAUUCCAUCUUCCAUUGGAAGUCUCAGCAAACUUGUUAAGUUAGACAUUACCUACUGUAAAUCACUUGAAACUUUUCCAAGCAGCAUCUUCAAAUUGAAGUUGACAGAACUUGAUUUUUCUGGUUGCUCAAUGCUUAGGAUUUUUCCAGAAAUCCCAAGUGACAUUGGUCGUAUGUCAUUCUUGACUAAAAUUUCACUUCAAGGAGGCAGAAUUGUGAAUCUUCCUGAGAGUAUUGUUCAUCUCUCAAGUUUGAAAUCACUUAAUUUAAGUGAUUGCAAAAGCCUUGAAUGUAUUCCAAAGCUUCCACCAUGUCUAAAUGAGUUGUUGGCAUUAAAUUGCACAUCCAUUAAGAAAGUGGUGUCAAAUUCAUGGUUGAAACUCAUGUCAGAUUACAAUGACGAAAUAGAUGAUUUCUACGAAUUUCGUCUCACCAACAGUGAAGAGUUAGACGCAUCUUCUUGGAGUUAUAUUGUAAACAAAGCAUGGAUUAAGAUCGCUGAUGAUGGAUAUCGGUCAGCGCUCUUCUGCUUUCCAGGGAGUAGAGUUCCGGAUUGGUUCCUUCACCGAGGCCAGGGACAUUCAAUAACUGUGAAAAAUAAUGAUGGAUAUGUGUGCAAUGAAAAUGGACUCAUUGGUUUCGCUCUCUGUGUUGUUUUUGGAGGUGAUGACACAAGAACAAGAGGCAGUAGAAUUACAUACAAAUUAAGCCUUUUAUUUGAUGAUAAGUCAUUCGUUUUUUAUGACGAUUUGAAUUGGAAGCCAGAAGAUAGUUGUAUCAUCCGAGAUCACACAUUCUUAUGGAAAUAUCAAUUAGACCGAGCAAGCGUUGGCAACAACCUCAUUCAUGCCCAAAACUUCACUUUUGAGAUCAUAGGUGAUUAUUUUAGGCGCUCAGAUUGUCAAUUAAACAUAAUGGUGAACGAGUGUGGAAUUCAUCCUCUGUAUGGAAACAUUUGGUAGACACAACUCAGAAGCACCAUUUUCUGCACUUAAAGGAGAACACAAAUCACCCCUUGUCAUAGAGACUGCUCAUUUAAAUUGAAUGUGUGAUUUAUUGAUGUUUGGGUAUGCAAUAGUUAGUUGUGGUUUGACAUUUUAAUUGAUUAAAUUAUGUAACAGAUUCAAUCUAUUAAAACUCUUUUUAAGCAUUCUUCCACAUUGUUUAGGAAAUAAGUAAUUUCUUGAAAAAUUCUUGUUAUGCAACAGCAGUGUAUAUUGACGUGCAAGCAUCUUUUCCUACUUUUGAGCUCUCCACGUUAUGAUCACUUGUUUAAUUAUUAGUAUGAGAUCAACUGAUCCGAUGCUCCUAUAUUUUUGUACAACUGUGAUGUGAAAGUCAAGGAGUAGAAAUGGUUUUAAAUGGAAUAGCCGAUUAUUGUCUAUUAGAGUU